AAACGAGGCCCCACAGCAGAUACACAAACAUUUUCCGAAUUUUACGCAGAUGUUGAUGAAUGCCCUAGAGACGGUGGAACAUUUAUUCUGAAGUGGUCUUUUAUACGGAUCCACGGCUGAAUUUAAUUGGUUGUUUCGUGGGUCACGGCCCAACCCUCCAUAAAAUUUCAAGGAAAUCUGUUCAGUUGCUUUUUUACUAAUUCUGGCAACGAAAACACAACCUCCUCAGCGAAGGGAAUGUUCCUAAAAUAACAACGAGUUCACCUCAAAUCAUUUCAAGGACGAUUCUGUUUUCUCUACUUGCGCUGCGCUGUUUUCACAAGUGUGUUUGUGUUGGUUUCACCCACAGUGGACACGGACGGCAGGAAGUUGAAGGGAGGCAUCCAGAGGAGCACAGAGACGGGUCUGGCUGUGGAGAUGCCGAGUCGGACGGUCCGUCAGGCCAGCCACGAGUCCAUAGAGGACAGCAUGAACAGCUACGGCUCCGAGGGCAACCUGAACUACAGCGGCAUGUGUCUGGCGUCUGAUGCUCAGUUCAGUGACUUCCUGGAUGGGAUGGGACCCGCCCAGUUCGUCGGGCGACAGACGCUGGCGACCAACUCCAUGGGCGAUGUAGAGAUCGGCCUGAUGGAGAGGAACGGAGGUCUGGAGGUGGAGGUCGUCCAGGCCAGAGGACUCACCAUGAAACCGGGAUCGAAGGGACCUCCAGCGGCCUACAUCAAAGUUUACCUCCUGGAGAACGGCAGCUGCGUGGCCAAGAAGAAGACCAAGUCGGUGAGGAAGAGUCUGGAUCCGCUCUACAACCAGGUCCUGGUCUUCUCUGAGAGCCCACAGGGGAAAGUGGUGCAGGUGAUCGUUUGGGGAAACUAUGGACGAAUGGACCGCAAAUGCUUCAUGGGUGUAGCUCGAAUCCUAUUGGAGGAGCUGGACCUGAGCACGAUGGUGAUUGGCUGGUACAAGCUCUUCCCUACCUCCUCCAUGGUGGACCCAACAAUGGCGCCACUUAUUCGCCACUCGUCCCAGAUGUCCCUGGAGAGCACCAUCGGGCCAUGUUGCGAGCGAUCCUAGGACUCACGCAGAGAUGUGUAUUUUUAGUUGUUGAGAGAUGCUAUUGCUGUUCGGACACAUUUUUUAAUACAGCCUGUCGACCUGCUCCAGGUUGGACCGGGGGGGAACUGCCCCUGGAGCGGGUAGUUGUUCAGUAUCUUACACAACGGCACUUCGACAAGUCCAACCACACCAGGGAAUGAAUCACUCCCCUCAUCUGGAAAUUAUUUUACAAAUCAGUAGGUAAUCCUGGCGCUCCCUGGAAACGCACUGUAUUUCUUUUGAUAUCGUGUCGGCCUGUUUUCCAGAGACUCGUGGGAUGCACAUUUCUUUUGUUGUUGCAACAGAUCGCCCCUCAGACUUACAAGAACUUUUUGCUCAAAAAAACACCACUUAAUGAGAAGACUUCAAAGGGGGGGGGCUCAGUUGCCGACAUCGAUCACAUCCUGUUGGGACCACGAUACACCGCAGGCUCGGCUUUGCUUCAGCUACGCGCCUUCUUCACAGCUACCUUUGAUUCUCACUCCCAGGACUGCUUGUUGUCUUUCAGUGUCCUCAUGAAGGGGCUGGGUGGCCCCCUGAGUGUUUUUCUGUCCAUCCACCAGACUGGGAAGAGUGGGAGACUGUCCUCAGAUAGUUUGAGACACCAGCCUCCCAGUUUGCAGGAGCAUGGGGUCAACCGGUUGUACGUGAAUUCAUCUGCGCGCCGCAGGACUAAAGAAGACUUCCAGAGAAGGACAAGACUCAUUUGUUGUAACCAACCCGAGACGUCUUGGUUUCGAACACAUUGACUUGAGCAGUUUUUCGUAUGUUCUCUGUCACACAUUCGGCCCCUUCGGUGUUCUGCUGGUUUUCUAUCCUCCCAGUUUGUUAGCACUGUAGAAACAAUGCUGUUUACCUGCACUGCCAGCUGUUCCAUUGGUUCCUGGGUGGAUCUGCUCAGUUCACAAGCAAGUUCUGAGUUCCAAAAGACCAUGUGCCAUAAUGCUCGAAGGGCCUGUACAUUUUCAUUGCAAUCGAUGAAGACAUUAGCUGAUUUAAGUGAUUAUAGUCAUUUUGGGGGACAGGGCACUUUGAAAGGCUCAUUUAUGCUCAACAUUAGAUAUGGAACCAAAUGGAGCCGUCUUACGAACACAGAAGAAACAGACUAAACAGAGCAGCACCACCAGAAAAAAAUAUCAUCUCUUGUCCUACGUCAAUGCAGCAACAAUGAGCCUUAAGUCGAAUCAGGAAGUGUUACGUUUGGCUGGAAUGAAAACGACUCAUGUGGAAAAUUGUGAUUCAAGACCCUAGUUUACCUGGUGGCUCGUCAAAAUUUGAAAUCUGAUGGUUUGAACCACUUCAGCAGGAGAUUCUGUUUGAGCCAAAAGGGAUUAAUUGAAAUUCGUAUUAAAUAUAAAAGACCCAGAACUUUUUUUCUCACAUGUGCAUUGGUGCAUAUCAACAGAAGGCCAACAUGCAAACACUGUAACUUCAGAUAUCAGGUGUUGCAUCUUGAAUCUGUCUUAAUCUUUUGCAUUUAAAACAGUAUUUGACGGGAAUUACAAUUCUAAGAUCUUGCCACUGAAAUGUGUGACUAUCUGGUCUUUAAACAGUCUUGAGCCAGCCAGGUUUCAAUUGGCUCUGAACUCCACUCGGUUGUGCAGAUUACAUCAAAUG